AUGUCUACUCCACGGACCCUGGCUUUUCUUGCAGCGGCGCUCUGGUGCGCAUUCGCCAUAGUGUCGGCAGAAUUCACACUGGAGCUGAAGCGCGAUGCAGGAUCGUCGGCACCGAACCCGACAAACGACAAGGCGUUGCUGGAUGGGAUUGUGGCCAAGUACUUGAGGAAUGCGGAAUCAUACUACAAAAAUACAGGGAAGCAUGCGCGGUUUGUGAAUUCGACGAAACUGAAAAAGCGGGGUGGCUAG